AUGGCGACCAGCGAGUCUUUUCGUUCCUUAGCUUUUGCAUUUCGUAUCUCUCAGAGCUUCAUUACACGAAUAGUGAGGAUAGUAUUGGAAAGCUUAAGUAAUCGAUUGACACCAAUUGUAUUGCCUACACCAACACAAGAGGACAUGAUCGAAAUAUCAAAAGAUUUUUGGAAAAAAUGGAAUUUUCCAAAUUGUGUGAAUGACAUCGAUGGCAAACAUAGACGUAUUUUUUCACCAAAGAACAGUGGAUCAUUAUUUUUUAAUUAUAAAGAUUAUUUUUCCAUCGUUCUGUUAACAAUUGUUGACGCUAACUGUAAAUUCGUUUUUGUAGACAUCGGAUCAUAUGGUAAAGAGGGUGAUAGUGGAAUAUUUACAAAGACAAAAAUCUCAGAGAAAAUAAAUAACGGUGAUUUUUUUCCUCCUAAUGCCAAAAUUCCAAAUUUCGAUCAAAUUUUGCCAUAUGUUUACGUGGGUGAUGAAGCUUUUCGUUUGGACCCACAUAUGAUGUGA